UCGGCGCUGGGUGGACUAAUGCGGGACCGGCUAGGGAGUCCCCACGGCCCUCAGCGCGCCAGAGCCUGGCCAGUCUAGUGGGCCGGGCAGUGACAAUUUCUUUCGUGUGUCCCUGGCCCUCGCAGGGUCAGCGCCGUCCGCACGGGGGCGCUGGGGAGUUGACUUUUGGUUAAGGUACAGAAAAAAAAAAAGUCCCUAGAUGCUGGGUAGGUCCGCGUGGAAAGGAACCAAAACACUGUUCAGUCUGUGUGACAUCUGGUGGUUUGAACUCGGCGUUGGUGCCCAUCGGCGUUGGUGCCCAUCCACGGUGCACGGGAUGUGCCGUGGAUGAUAAGUUGUUACUCGGUGAGUGCGGAGAAACUACAGCCUCGCUUGUUUUAGAGACUGAGCAGGCUCCUCUGGAGAAGCCAUGACCCGGUGGGCACGAGUCACCACCACGCGUAGCAAAAGACCCCUGCCUGCCACGUCGUGGGAGGACAUGAAAGAGGGGUCCCCGCAGGGGAGGAGCUCAGACCUGCCAAAGCGUCACCAGUCCGGAGCCGGUAGGCCGCCCCUUAAAAAUGAUACACCCCAAGCAAAACAUAAAAAGAACAAAAAGAAAAAAGAGUACUUAAAUGAAGAUGUGAACGGGUUCAUGGAAUACCUGAGACAGAACUCACAGAUGGCUCCCAGCGGGGAGGUGAUAGCCACAGACAGCCCCGAAAUGAGGGAAGAAAUCGCGGUUGCUUUAAAGAAAGACAGUCGCCGAGAAGGAAGACGAUUAAAAAGGCAAGCAGCCAAGAAAAACGCAAUGGUGUGUUUUCAUUGUCGAAAACCUGGCCAUGGAGUUGCUGAUUGCCCAGCUGCCCUUGAAAACCAAGAGAUGGGCACCGGGAUUUGUUACCGGUGUGGGUCCACAGAGCAUGAAAUAACCAAGUGUAAGGCUAAGGUGGACCCGGCUCUGGGUGAAUUUCCUUUUGCAAAAUGCUUUGUUUGUGGGGAGAUGGGGCAUCUGUCCCGAUCUUGUCCUGAGAAUCCCAAAGGGCUUUAUGCUGACGGUGGUGGCUGCAAGUUGUGCGGCUCUGUGGAGCACCUGAAGAGAGACUGCCCCGAGGGUCAGCAUGCAGACAGGGCGGUCACCGUGGGCCGCUGGGCGAAGGGAAUGAGCGCGGACUACGAGGAGGUCAUGGAUGCACCCAAGGUGCAGAAGCCCAAAGCGAAGACGCCCAAGGUCGUUCAUUUUUAGUGAGGACCGCCACUGCUGCUAAGUGCCCUGCAGUCCCUGCUGGGCUCCCCUGGAGUGGGCCUGUGCUUUCUGUCCACUGGGCUGCACGGGGUCCAGACCACUUUGCUGUUCUCGGUCCAGACGAGUACUUCUGUUGUGUGGAGAAAAGUGUACGAUGAUGAAAGUGGAUUUGCUAAGAGGACCUCUUGGGACAGACCAGACCUAGUCAUCACUAACUGGUUACACUCCUGAGUGUGGCGGUCAGCUGUUUAAAAGCCAAAUUUAAAAGCGUUCAGGCGAAAUGUCCUUAGAACAUACUGCUUUGAAUUUUUGCUUAUGUUAUUUUUCUGAUUCAAAAUGACAGUUUAUUAUUACAAUAGAAAUUUAUUUAUAAGUUGCCACAAAAAUCUGUAUUUUUCAAACACUGAAUCAAAUGCAUUUACUAUUUUCUGAGUAUCUGAUUCUCCAUUGAACUAUCAUUGUUUAUUGAUGUGCAUAUAGCAAUCCCUUUGGAAAGAUGUUUUAUGAAUCCUAGAUGGGGAAAACAAGGAUUUUGCUUCAUUUGUUUUAGUUUUGACAUUAAAAUAUUUUUAAACAAAA